CCCCGACAAGCCCAAGGUCUGUGAAUGUUGUUGGCAAGUGACAACGGCUCGGCUUGAGAUGAUUCCUUGGCUGGCAGCUGAACCCCGCGUCCCUGUCAGCCGUCCAUGUCAACUGCCUCCCAAGUCCAUCCAACAAAAGAGACAACCGCCCUCAUCAUUAUCUGUUAGUAGCAAGCGAGCAUGUCGAGCAUGUCAUUUCCAAACCUUUAUACACACCGCAAGGUGGCCGAGACAAAGGCAAAGUCAUGCGACAUCUGCUACCGGCUCAGCACCAGCGUCCUCAUCACCCCAGACAACAAGGAUUUCUUUUACAUCUGCCCAAGCCAUCUUAAGGAGCCGUCGUUCUGCACCCCAAAAAUUGACACCGAAGCUAUUGAGGCCCGGAAGAAGAAGGAGCUAGAAGAAGAGAUUGAGAGAGUGAAGAAGGAGUACGAGGAGAAAAAGAAGAAGAAGGAAGAGGAGAAGGGGAAGGAAGCGGACAAGGAGAAGGAAAAGGAUAAGAAAGACGAUGCCAAGAGCAAAGAUAAAGACGAGAAGAAGGAUGAGAAAGAUCAGGAAAAUUCCAAGGGCUCUAGGAGCACAAGUAGAGAAGGGACCAAAUCGCCUCCCGUGGAAGAAGAGCCAAGGAUAUUUGAACUCAAGCCUACUUUCUAUCAACAACGCCUGUUAAAGAAGAGGCAGGCCGAGAUUGCAAAGCGCAACCGUGAAAGACUGCAAGAUCCAACCUUCUUUCCCUCGGUUCCCAAGAAUCUUCCAUGAUCACUUCCUCUCGCGCUACCAGAUAUACAUUAGACGGACAGACAUCCUUUGUUGAUACCCUUUAGCCUUUGUCAUUGAAUUACUCUCUAUGUGAAGCGUCAAUAAAGCUGCAUAAACACCAAACUUACGAACCUGGGUGUCGCAACACAAUGAAUCAUACAGAGAGAUUACAAUACGUUACAACGAGCCGAAACAGUCCGUUUUGAGGACGAUGAGCAACAAAGUCAAUCUGCAUCUUGCACCGCCGUUCAACGCACAGUGAAAUUCAAGUUCACCACGCCCAUUCCAUUACACCAGACUGUCUCUCAAGGGUGACCU